AUGCCACUGCGUUGUUGUUGGCUCUAACGGGUUUGUGGGAUUGGGAUCUAAUCAUUGCAAGCUGGUGAACGUGUAUAGAAAAGUGUAUUUUAUUUUGCUGUUAGAAGUUUGUAAUUUUUUGUUCUGUUACUAUCGUCGUUAUUACUCAAUACGUAGUUGAAACCGUGCCCAUUUAGUGCGAUGUGACUAGAAUUCACGGCAGGAGAAACGUUGAAUAUGUAAAUCUUGAGCCAAACCCAGAUGACCGACGAGCGAUUGGUGUUGCUGGCGUAGGGCACAGUAGGCCAAGAUGGUGAUCGGUGGGACGAACCGAAUGUUUAUGCUAACCUUCGUGCUGUUUGUCCUGUGUGUGAUCAUGUUCUUCGUGCUGGUAUCCCGGAGAAAAUACGAGAAAACUCUCCAGUGGGAUAACUUCAUUCGACGUGGCCAGUCUAGGAAAACGGAUAGUGGCGACACCAACCAUUGGUAUUUUGUGAUAAGGGAUCUUGACAAAAUCAAAGCCCUGGCCGACAUUCGCAACAUCGAGCGGGUUGCUCGACUCGAAAUCACACCCGCCGGAUUCGUAGUGCACGGAGCGGACUACGAAAUCGCCUUCGAUCGAGUGCCCGAUUCGGCGGCACUGCAAACCUACCCGGGACAGCCAGAUACGCUGGAAGAUUUCUCUCUAGCACUAGUCAAACGGAAGUUGUACCCUUGGGACAUGAAACCCCAGCCCAGUAUCGAUAACAGCUGAUUCAGCUGUGAUUACUUAACUUUUGCCUGCCUUCCGCUGAUAACACAGAUAAGAAGAGUUACCGAACGAACAAACAAACGACAGUAGCUAGUAGAUUUUGUUUGUAAUGAUACAGGUUUUUAAUUUGAACGACAGAGAUGUGAUAAUGCAGCAUAUUUGCCUCAUGGAACUUAAUUAGGACUAAAAUAAAUAUUAAUUAUGUUAUAAUAUACACCUUUUUAAAAGUAGUUUUUUAUAGGACAGUAGAAAUAAAAUUAAAAAUAAA